CGUUAGCACAGGCAGGUGGCAAAAAAGUUGUGGUUUUAGUGCGAUCAUUUUAAUUUUUCUUCAUUUUGAUAGUUUUUAUCCAAAUACUCGCUGUAACCAUUAUUAAAUUGUUCGAUUUUCUGAAAAACAGUUUAACGAAUCGUGACAAUGGGCGGAAAACGAACUAAAAAUAACACCAAGACUAAUUCGGUGACUUGGCGCUAGGAGUUUCAUCACAUUGCAUUGCAGCAAACAUCUCAAAGAUGUUUUCAAUAACAUACACUAUAAUUUGUUACAGCCUUCCAGCAGCGGCCGUAGCGCGGAAAUGUUAGGUAGCAACGUUCCAACACUGUUUGGAUUUACCACUCUGGACAGUACUAAAAUACCGGUGGUUCCAAGUUUUGUUCAAAUAGAAACUCAUGGCGAGGACAUCGACCCCAAUCUGGAUGAUACAUUUCAGAUUGUGCUGAAAAAGAUGCUCAAGAAGGAUCCCGUUACGAAAACCAAAGCUCUACAAGAAUUCGCUGAGCUUAUUGGGAAAUCUGAAUUGGACGUUGUGAAGGCGGUUCUUCCGUUCUGGCCUCGUCUAUAUUCGAACUUAUCCACGGAUGUUGAACAUCGCGUACGAGAAACCGCCCAACAGGCACAGUCGGCUGUGGUGGCUAAGGCUGGCAAACAUAUUGCUCCGUUCCUGAAGCAACUAGCUCCAGCGUGGAUUUCCGCACAAUACGAUACCUACGCUCCGGCGGCCAGUAUAGCAGGACAGUCGUUUAGCAGUGCGUUUCCUCCAAGCAAGUUGUGUGAAGUGUUCAUUUUCUGCGAGAAUGAAAUACUAGAAUACUACACCAAGAAUCUAACGGUUCAUUCGGCGAUUACGCUUAGCAAUCCAAAAUCACAUUCUCCUGAAGAAUGCGAAAACAAAUAUCAACGUGUUUUGAUUGCCAGUCUGCGCGGGUACGCAUUAUACAUUAGUAAGUUACCGGAGGAGCAACUCAGAAAGUCGUUGGCAAAGAAUGCCCUGCUACUGGACAAUACUAAAUUUUGGUCCUACCACAAGCACAAAACGCCCGCCAUUCGAGCGGCCUGGUUUGAGGUGAUUUCUGCUAUACUUCAAUUCGUACCAUUUUUGGUCGAGCAACAUCAGCCACAGAUCGCGACCAGCGUGUUCCAGGCGAUGGACGAAACAGAUCCGACUGUUGUGAUGCAUGUUUGGAGUUCGAUUGUUUUGGUACAAACAAAAAUUCCCAACUGGCACACCUAUUUGAACUUUGAUAAAGCAGUAUUUCCGAAAUUGUGGAAACUUCUGAAAAGUGGAGCCAGUGGAAAUGCCGCUUGCGUUUUUCCUCACAUGUUACCAUUGGUGUCAAAGUUUACCAGGGAAGUUCUUGGCGAUAAAAUAGACAAAUUUCAAUCAUUGUUUUUCGAGAGCAUCAAUGAAGGGCUGCGGGCCGUGCAUUCGAGUCGGACGGAUGUUUCUGCCAUUUCCCAAGCGUACUACGAAGUGUUCCAAUAUGUCGUGAUUCAAACGGUUAAAGAUGUCGCUCGGCAACCUCAGCAGAUCGAACAGUUUUGCGAAAAAAUGCUGGAAGAGCAUUUGGUGAGAGUUAUUGAAUGGUGUAUUACGACAGAAUCUUCCAGUGGUAGAUUUAUUUUUGGCAAUAUUGCGUCUUUGUUGGAUUAUUGGUGCCAAUACAGUGCGAAUAUUAAAAUAUAUGAGCAACUUUUGAUUACCUUCUGGAACAGGCUGUACGAAGUUAUUGAACAAAGUUUAAACAGCGCCGUGGACAUCCAACAGAUCACAUUUUCUCACGUAGAACUCAUACAGAAUCUUAAGCGGACCUCUCACAAACGCGUUAAGUUUAAUAGUGAACCGGUUGAACGACAGCCGAACUUGACGACGGAAUCAACUAUGCCUGCCGCUGAGCAUGCUCAUCGCUUCGAACAUCAGCUUCAGACGUUGGUAUACAAAAUUUGCCGUCUCUACAUCGGUCGCAUUGGUAGCAGUCGGGAUCAGGCUUACAUUCUUCACCUGGAAAAUCUAAUUCGUCAGUUCCAAUGUAUCGAGCUGUUCCAAUUUCUGGCCGGCGGUGAAGGUUAUCACAUUGCAUGUCUUUUCGAUACGUUUGGAGCCGACUGGCUGAACGAUGAGCGCCUGCAGUCGGAAUACGUUGUUGAGAUUGUAUUGAUUUUGUAUAAAUACCUGACGGAGCAAGAACAGAUCGCACUGCUGAAGAAGUGGUUGGAGAUUGCGAACAAAACCGUACAAAGCUGGCUGAUACUGCGAGCCUUAAGCCAUCCGCUUUGUCAGGAUCCGAACAUAACAAAGUUUCUCACGCAACCCGAGGUCAGUCGGAAUCUGAUCCAAUGUGCCCAUGGUGUGACACAGGGUGACACCAAGGAAAACAUGAUUCUGCUACACAAGUGCUUCCUCAUAUCGGAUAGUGGUGACAUUCUGAUCGAUCCGGACACGUGCCGCAGCAUAAUCGAAACCUUGGCCAGUCCGUUGAAGAACGAUAGUGAAAUUGAGUUGAAAGACACGUGUGCUAGUUUUCUGGCGCAAAUAAUGCCCGUGAUUUGCGGAGAUAGCCGCCUGCGGGAGUUGCAGCAACGCAUGUUUGUAUUGUUGUUCGAUUUCAGUGCGGAGAAUAGUGUUUGUGAUUAUCUUUCCGGGGAUACGCUGUGGGAAGUUACGACGGCUUGGCAGGAUGCCCUGUCAAGUGAGGAUUUGACAUUGGAACCAAAUUUGGUUGAACAGUGCACUAAGAUCGUUGACAAGGAAUUAAUGGUAUUAUCUAUUGGACAGGAUUGUAAUCUGGUCGGGUUUGAAAAAUUGUCGGAUAUUUGCGCCAAGCUGAUCAUGUGCUCUACGGAAUCAUAUAAAAGCAAUACAACUGAACGAUGUAAACAGAUUGAUGUUCUGCUGAGAAGCAUGCUGGAACGUUGUGCCAAUGAAAAACUUUCUUUUGGGAAUACUUUGGAUAAGUUCGCCAUUUAUGUAGAGCUAUUAAAUGGCAAUUUGAUAACCAAUGGUGCUGAAUAUAGCCUAGAUUUGACAACGAGAGUAUUUUUGGAAAGUUUGCGGAAUUGGCUUGUGCAAGAGUUCUUUUGUUUGAAUGUGGUUUUCAAGCUCAGUUGUAAUCCGAAACGAAAAUCAAGUGGCGAUUCGAAAAUGGAUCAUGAUGGGGAUGAAUACGGCGAUGAAAGUUUCGAGGACAACGGAAAUUUUAUUCACUGCUGGUCGGAAUUGUUUUAUGAGAACAUUUUAUCUGUGAUACAUACGAUAGCCAUCGGUGAUACACUGCUCUACGGCACUAACAAUCUCGACAGCGCAGUCGAGACACUUAUUUUAAGUAUGCAGGAAAAAGUGGCACAAAUGCUUAAAAAUUUACCAGUAGAUAUUCUGCUAACCAUCAAAGAACGUUUAUUUUGUCUGGCUAAUAAAUCCGGUCUGCUUUGGGCAAAAUCGCUCGUUUGCUUAUUGGACAUGGAACAGUAUUCGGACGUUGAAAGCGGAACUGUGUUACUGUAUGAAGAUGCAUCUACCGUCGCCAACAGCGAGGACCUGAUAAGUUAUAUUAAUAUUUUACAGGUUCUGUCGCGUAAAAUGACACCCAAAUGUUUGCCUAUUCAACCCAACUUAUUCGAAAAUUAUUUCGAUGUUCUUGUGAAAUUGGCCGCCACACGCUGUUUAAUAGAAAAUCAUUUUUCAUGCAAUUUCAAUGAUGUUGGCGAUAAAAAGAUAAUUGGCAAUACACUGAACGUUUUGCAAGAAGUAAUCAGUAAGCAGAACACCAGCAAAUGUCUGCGCUACAAUUGUGAUCUUCAGCAAGUGGAUGGUGGCAAACUUUUUCUGGAUAUCGAGCUGGCAAACGUACUGACGGUGGUAAUGCGACACUUUCCAACUGAGCUGGACUUGAGCAAAUGGGAUUUCGUGCGAAUUGCACUUAGCUCAUGGACACUGACUGUUUCAAAAAAUCAUCAGCACUUUAGGAAAAAUAACAUUUCAAUGUUCAUAGCAGCGAUAUUCAGGUUGUUCAGUGCAGUGACGCAGUUCUUCGACGAAGAGAAAACCAAGAGUUCGACAGAUUUACUGACUCGCGUCAUCGAAGAAUGGGAGAAUGUGUUUGCUAAAGAUGUGAAUCUAGUUUUAUUGAAAACGUUUAUUAACAUUGUGAAAGCUAUUGAUCGUACGCAAGUAUGCGAUGAAUAUUUCCUAGAUGCUGUCAGUUCUCACAUCGAUUCUAUCGACUUACAGUACGUACUCAAGACCAACAAGGUUGACUCGAAAAUAUCUCUUGACGACCUGAUAACCUUUGCACUAGUCAACAUUAACCACUGGAAUGCCCGAGUUCGUAUAGCUUCCGCUGCAAUCAUCCAAAAACUGACGGUCGGUCUCAUCCAACGUGAUAUGGAGUAUCUGCAAAAAAGUUAUGAAAAUACUGAGCAGCAGCAGAAGAAAUUCGAGGAACCGAAUGAUACCUGGCAUCUGCUGCAUCAUUUCAACCCAACACUUGAUGAUUUUCUGUCGUCUCUAAACGAACUAGUUACGGAAUUCAAUCACAAAAUAACGGAAACCGAUGAAGUUUCCGUCGUUCGGUUUCUGGAGAAGGAUGUAACGAUGGCGUUCCUGCUACUGUGGGAUUGUAUCUUGGGGAUUUGUGCCAAAGCACCGCCUGAGUUGCGGUCGAUCUACGCUUCGUGGAUCACUCGGCACCAUUACGAACAGUUGCUGCUACCGGUUCUGUUUAAGUUGAUGCCCCCCGAAAUACUGAAAAAUCCAGAUUCCGGUGCUGUUUACGGCCAAACAAUGUUCGAUCGUUUGGAGUGGAGUCAUAUCAAAAAUCCAACUUUAAAGCCGGAACGCUACGCAUGUCACCUGUACACGCAAUCGUUACGCUUCCUACCCGCUGUCGUGAGACGUUGGUGGAAUGGACUGAAUCAUCGGAAUGCUACUGUGAUUGGUAAGGUAACCAGCAACUGUGUAUCGAAUUUACUCUGCCAGGAUGAAUUCCAAGCAUUAAUUGAGAAGAAGGACAGACAAGAUAAUAUGCAGAUUAAGGUCCAUGUGGCAGCUCGUCAGGUAAUGGCUGUGUACUCAAUUGAUGAAGCUAAAGUUGAACUGCACAUAACUUUGCCAAGUAAUUUCCCGCUCGGAGCGGUGACUGUUGAAGGCGGAAAGCAAAUUGGAGGCCGACUACAAUCUCGGCAGGUGGUGAUGCAGCUGUCUAUAUUUUUGACACACCAGAACGGUUCUAUAUGGGAUGGACUAUCGCUAUGGAAGCGCAAUUUAGACCGAAAGUUUGAGGGCGUUGAAGAGUGCUAUGUCUGCUACAGCGUCAUCCAUCAGGACACCUGCCAGCUUCCGAAGCUAUCCUGCAAAACCUGCAAGAAAAAGUUCCACGGUCCCUGUCUAUACCGGUGGUUUAGUACGAGCAACAAAUCAACAUGUCCAAUUUGUAGGAAUAUUUUUUAGAAUACUUUUUGCUAAAUCUAACUAUAUCUCGUAGUUUCUAUUUCGAUCUGCACACUUCAACCACGUUACUGUUUCCGUUUCUUAACAAUAUUAGUCUCCGAUGGUUUACAAUCGCAAGAUACAAUAUAGAAAUAAAUCGAGAGUAAACAGAAAA